AGCACAGGAAAAGGGCCCGUUUCAAUUGCAUUUCGCCUUUUGUUCCUGGACUGCAUCUGCGGGCAAGUAGUGAUUUCGGGGGGUGACAUAGAGCUACCGCCGUCGAUUAUAGGGCUUGCUAGCUUCCCUUUUUUUUUUUUUUUUUCAAUUCCUUUUCUCGUCGUUUCCCCUGCGUGUCCAAGUGUUUUCCCAUUUCAGGUUUUUCCAAAAAUUGAGGACCUCUCUUCUACGGCAACGGCAACGGAAUCGAAAAUAGAUCAGUCUAAAUUCAUUGUGUCAACUGUCCUAUUUUUAUUCGCCUUGAACACCCGAGUCACACCAGACAGACACCAACCAACUUCGAAAGAAGUAGACCUGCGAAACAGGGAAAAGAUCCCACCCCUAAAAAAAAAAAAACGAGAGAAGGAUAUAAAGCGAAAGGGAUACAGGGCACAAGGAACCGUAACCAUGCCGCCACGCCUUAACCUCUUACCCACAGCCAUCACCGCCUGCCAAUCCCAAGCCUUCCUCCCGUACUCCUCUCUGCUCCGCCAAUCCACUGCGUCCCAACAAUGUACCGCGUCUAGAUCGCCGCCGUCGUUAUCUAGAAGCCACGACAGGGCCAUCCGCGCCCUUUCAACCAAGAGGGACCUCCUACUCCGCCAGCGCGGUGGUGCGGUACUAGCACACCGGCCCUGUGUUUCGUUUUCGCAGCGCCGGAUGGAGUCUUCGUCUUCGAAAGCUGGCGCUGGGAUAGGUGAGGGGAAGGCGGGGAGGAUUGCUGAUGAGAAGAUUGAGGCUGUGAAGGGAUCAGAAUCGGAAGCGGCGAAGGAGGGGCUAGGCAGUGUUAGUGAGGAGGCUGCGGAGUUGGCAAGGAUUAUGGAGCGGAGGACGGAGUGCGGGGAGGUGGGCGAGCCGGAGUUGUCACAGGGUAGUAUGGUUGGGGAUAUCUUGAAGCGGGAUAAGGAUGCAUUGAAAAAUGCACCCAAAGUUCUGCGGGACCAACUCAGCUCCUCUUCAUCGUCCUCGUCCUCCGGCUCCAGGUCCUUUUCCACAUCUGCUAGGUCGAGACAGGUCGAUAUGAACCAGAUAUCAUCGGCGGAUGAGAACGAUGCGUUGAUCGCCGCUGCCACCGAGCAGAAGUAUGAUCAAGCAAGGCGUGAAGGCCUCAAAUUCGAUGUGCCCGAAACACUACCCAGAUCUGAGCAUCUGAAACACCGCUAUGACCCAUUAUUAGACCAGUUUACAAAAAUGCUCAUGAGGCAUGGAAAAUUGAGUGCAGCGCAGAAGCAAAUGGAUGCAAUCCUCCACAACCUGCGUUCCGCCCCAGCGCCCAACAUAGACCCGUCACGCCCCUUACUCCCCGGGCCCCCGAGCCCCCAACUCCCUCUAAACCCAAUCCUCUACCUAACCCUGGUCGUUGACUCCGUGGCGCCACUGCUCCGCAUCAAGCAACAGCCUGGCGCGGCAGGAGGUGGCCGCUCGCUCCCCAUCCCUCUCCCGCUGGCGCUCCGCCAACGCCGGCGCACAGCUAUUAAGUGGAUUAUUGAUGCGUCUGAGAAACGGAAGGAUGCUGCGUUGGCGAAUCGGGUGGCGCAGGAGAUUAUUGCGGUGGCGGAGGGGAAGAGUUCGGUGUGGGAUAAGAGGGGGGUGGUUCAUAAGCAAGGCACCGCGUCGAGGGCGAAUAUAAAGGCGUUGGGUAUGAAGGGGAGGAAGAAGUUUUAGUUAGAUGUAAUGUUUGUAGAACUCCUUUGUUUGUUUGUUUUGGUUUUUGAGGUGAUGGUGGUUACUGUAUGCCUGUAUACUAUACAAUAUGCUAUGUGAGAAUGGUGAUUUCUUUCUUUCUUUCUUA